AUGAAUCAUUCUGCAACUGGCUCUGCGAGAGGUAUUGCUUUGGUGCAGGAUGAUGGUAGAUCACAAUAUUAUGUGGCCAGAGCUUUUGGAGUUUCAAGAUCCAGGGUGCAAAGGGCUGUGAAACGGUUUCGUGAAUUUGGUGCAGUAGAAAUGUUUGUGGGAAUACAAUAUUCCGAGGAAAGGCAUUGCUCUCGUUCAGUAGAAGUGGUUGACCCCAUGACGCCUCGUAAGGCUGCGAAGUCAAUAAUCAAGAAAGCGAAAUCUACAAAUGAAACUUAUUGGAAGUUGUUCGAUGUAGGAGUACCAGUACCAACUUCUGACAGAGAUGAUAUGAAAGAAAGAGAACAAAUGGGAUUAGAUUGUCUGGGAGAAGUCAAUAUAAAGAGAGAAGUUAUCGAUAGAAUUCUGAAGACUCAAAAAUUUCCAAGAGGAAACCAAAAAUAUAUGGACUUUUUAGCGUGCAGUUACAAAAAGCAAGGUUUCCAAUCUCAAGAGGGGCAAAUUCUGUACGACAAUAUAAAUGACUUCUUAUCAAGGUACUACAGACGAAAUGAUUUGAAAAUAAUGGAUAACUGCAAGUCCACCACUGGAAAUAAUCACGGGGAACGAGCGUUCAAUGCCAUGGAAUGUAUUAUCAGCGACCUGAAGAGGAUUGAUGAGAUUAAUGAUAAUUAUCUGAGAUAACUAUAACUUAUGUUUCAGUAUUUAUAGGAUAAUCGAGAAAAUUCUCCUAAUUUGUGGGAUUUUUUCCCCUGUUUCCUGCCUCUGUCACUGACUACUAAUUGAAAUUUUCUCUUAUAUCCCUAAUGGUGACAUUUCAUUUCAGGAAGAAUUAUCUGAUGAGUUGCCCUCACUUCAGCUAUAUCUAAAUAUUUUCAUUUGUAGUCAAGGAAAUAAAAAGAUUCCAUAAAUUUAGGGAAAUAAUUUUUUAAAAUAAUUUA